AUGGAGGGCGCCGACUAUUUGAACGUGACGGAGCGUAUGGAGGGCGCCGACUAUUUGAACGUGACGGAGCCUGAGGACGACCCGUUCCUGAUCAGCGCCGACCUGCUGCAGUGGUUUACACUCGUCAACUACGUGGCGCUGUCGGGCACCAUCAGCUUCAUCGGCGUCAUCUUCAACAUCAUCAACAUCAUCAUCUUCAUCAGACUCGGCUUUCACGAAACGACGAACAUUUCCUUCUUGAGCCUGACCUUAGCGGACAUGGGUGUGGUGCUGAUGUUGGUGGGCUACAGCAUCAUCUACAACCCCGCGAUGGUUGGCGCGGUGCCCACCCCCCAGAUCAUCGACUCUGUGGGUUACAUCCUGUUCGGGUGGCCGUACGCCUGUUUUAGCCGUAUAGCCGGCUGUAUGACGGCCUUUAUUACCGUAGAAAGGUUUCUGUGUGUAGCGAUGCCCCUCAGAAUAAAAACUCUGGUGACGCCACAGAAAACCAUUCUUAUAGCGGCAUCGUUUUUCGUCAUUCUGUUCGCCAGCGUCGUCCCAGCCUUCCUGGCCUCACGACUUGACCGGGUGUUUGACCCGAGCAUCAACCAAACCGUGGUGGGGCUGGUCUUCUGCCCGGACACGCCCACCCUGGAGAACGCCUCCCUGACGUUUAACGUGGCCGUGCAGCUGGCCGUCUUCAUCAUCGUCACCGUCUUCACCGUGGGCCUCAUCCGGACGUACGUGCGGAAGUCCGAGUGGAGGAACUCCAUCUCGUCCUCACAGGGCAGCAAGUCCAUCUCCAGCCGGGACAAGAAGCUGGUCAAGAUGGUCAUCUUCAUCUCGGUCAUCUUCAUCGCCUGCUCCAUCCCUGGCGUGGUGGCCACCUUCCUCAUGAUGUUCAUCAAAGACUACAACAUCCUGGGCCGCUACAGGAACAUCUACAUCGCCACCUUCUCCACGUUUUUCCCCAUUGGCGCCAUCAACUCGACCGUCAACAUCUUCAUCUUCCUGGACAUGAGCUCCAAGUACCGGCACAUCUUUCUCUCUAUGUUUGACCUCAGGUCAGUCGCCAGAUUCGACACGAAAUCUAAGACUUAA